UUCCAGAUCUGUUAUGUUUUGGAGAUCUGCAGGAAAAAUCAGAAGGGUUUGAGCCGUUUCUGGGAAUCUUCUGUUUUAUUUUUAUUUUUUAUGUAUAUCAUUAUUUUCUCCCCCACAGUCAUAGUCAUUGCCCUUAAUUCGCGGGAAUGACAGAGAAAAAUGCCUCUUCUAUUGUUUCUACUCGUUGAAAAAAUUAUGAGAGUGCCCCUAGACGAGCCAAUUGACCUAAUUUCCGGUUUGUCACCAAACAUUUAUUUUUUCUUUUUUCAUUUUUUCCUCAUGGGCUGUGUAAGGUGUGAGGGUCUCUUCCUGUGGUCUGGCUGGGGUGGACUAUUAAAGGGCCCAACCAUCAAAAUUUUUGCAUGAUGGGGUUGGAUGCAGACUAAAACUUGUGUUUUUACAUUGUCUGCAUAAAAUGGGAAAAUCUGGACAAAUCGGAGUAGCCCAAUGGGGUGUAAUCUCUCCGAUUUUGUGGGUCCUUUCAGGAAAUAUAGCUAUUGGUCCUUGAUCGUGAGGAUGCAGUACUGAGUGGAGAUGAAGAUAACUUGAGUAGUCCUUGGACUUGUGGGUCAGGGAGCAUUGAAUUAGAGCAACUUACGUACUCAUUACCAAAUUUUUACUUUGUGACCAGAAAGGAAGUUAAAUUAUGCAGACUCCAAAAGCAAGCAGAAGUAGUCCUUCGGGAGCACCUCAAAAGAUCUCUCCUCGAACUGUACGCCAACUCAAGACAACUUCCUUAGAGUCUGACUCUGCAUCCCCUUCGAAUCAAGCAAGUAGAACACCAAAAGAUAAAAGCCCUAAGGUUAUUGAGCGCAGGUCACCCAGAAGCCCAGUGUCUGAGCUCCAGAAAAAACGCCCAAACAGAGUGACCGAAUUGGAAUCUCAGAUCUCUAAGCUUCAGGAGGAUCUGAAGAAGGCAAAGGAUCAGUUGAGUUCUUCUGAAUCAUGGAAAAGGAGUGCUCAACAAGAUGCCGAGGAAUCCAAGAAGCAGCUAUCAGCCAUGUCAUCAAAGCUUGAAGAGUCCCAGAGGCAGCUUCUGGAGCUGUCUGCUUCUGAGGAAGAUCGUGUCAUUGAGCUUCAAAAGAUCUCACAAGAAAGGGAUCGAGCAUGGGAGUCAGAGCUCAGGGCUGUCGAGAAGCAGCACUCUGUUGACUCAGCUGCCUUGGCCUCUGCCAUGAGCGAGAUUCAGCGGCUGAAAUCCCAGCUUGAAAUGAAAGUUGAAUCUCAGGUUGCUCAGACCAAGCAUACAGAAUCAGCUGACUCUGAGCUUCAUAGCUUGAAAGAAAACCUUGCAGAAACCCUCUCUCUUGUGGAGAACAUGAAAAACCAGCUAAAGGAUUCGAAAGAAUCAGAGGCUCAGGCCCAAGCACUGGCUAGUGAAACGCUUCUGCAAUUGGAAACUGCAAAAAGUACCAUAGAGGCACUCAGAACAGAUGGUGUUAAAGCCGCAGAGACUUAUAACUCCAUCUCUUUGGAGUUAAAUGAGUCGAGAGCACGUGUAAACUUUCUAGAAGGACUAGUAAGCAAGCUUAAGACAGAUCUUACUGAAGCUCGCAGCAGUUCCCCAAAUUAUGCAGGUAAUGAUAAUCUUGAUGAGCAGCAAGCUUCAGAACAUGAGGAAAUAGAAGAGUCGAAUCAACUCAAAGCAGAGCUUGCUUCUCUGAAAAUUGAAGUGGGACAGUUAAAAUCUGCUCUGGAUGCUGCUGAGAUCAGAUACCACGAAGAACAUGUUCAGAGCACAGUGCAGAUUAGAAGUGCUUAUGAGCAUGUAGAGCAUGUGAAGUCUGCAUCAAGUUCGAGACAGGCUGAACUACAGGUGGAACUAGAGAAAACAAAGGCUGAUAUUGAAGAGUUGAAGGCAAACUUGAUGGAUAAGGAAACUGAAUUACAGGGUAUUUCAGAGGAGAAUGAGGGGCUGAUGAUGAAGCUUCAGAGUAACUUGUCAUGCCAGAGAGAAUAUGAACUGGAAAAGGAGCUUAAGAAAUCAAAGGAGGAUGUUGCAAAACUGAAGGAAAAUUUGAUGGAUAAGGAGACAGAAUUUCAGUAUGUAGUAGACGAGAAUGAGACGCUGAAAUUGGAAAUGAAGAAAAGAGAAAUGGACAAGGGCAAAUUUGGUGAUGGCAUUGCUUCCGAAAUAGAGGCAGCAAGAGCUGCAGAGCAAGAAGCUCUCUUGAAGCUGGGGUAUGUGAUGGAGGAGGCAGAUAAGAGUAGCAGGAGGGCAGCUCGGGUGGCUGAACAGCUAGAGGCAACACAGGUGGCAAAUUCUGAAAUGGAAGCAGAGCUGAGGAAGCUCAAGGUGCAAUCGGACCAGUGGAGGAAGGCCGCAGAGGCUGCUGCAGCUAUGCUUUCAGCAGGCAGCAAUGGAAAGUUGACCGAGAAAACAGGAUCUCUGGACGGUAACUAUAAUCACAUUACUGGGAAGAUCACUUCACCUUACUUAGAAGACUUGGACGACGAAUCACCCAAGAAGAAAAACGGGAAUGUGCUAAAGAAGAUUGGGGUGUUAUGGAAGAAGCCACAUAAAUAAGAUCACCAUUAAGAAGAUACCUUGGUGGGUGGAAACAUCUACUUCUCACCAUUGAAAGUAAACUUGGGGUGGUAAUGGAUACAAUUUGCAAAGCUCUAAUUAUGGUAUGUAAGUGGUCAGUGUGUCUGGUUGUAUAAUAGAACCUUCUGGCCAUCAGGCACCAUCGAGUAAAUACGUAGGGCCGUGGAGGCAACUACCUUUGUAAUAAGAUUUAACCGUUUUUACUUGCUUUUCAACCAUUGUUGAUUCUCAGAUACUGUUUCCUUGUGAACUGGUUUCUCAGGCAGGUUCAUGAAUGAAUUCUGCAUAAGCAAGUUAGUUUUGUUGUGCUAUGUAAAUGCA